AUGUUCCGAGCUGGUUGUUCUUUUAAACGGAAGUUAGUCUACAUUAUCCUGAAUUCUAUCCUAUACAGUUCCUGGCUGCUUGGAAUUUUUCCAUUUAAGUAUGAACCGAAACAGAGGAGACUGCUUCGCUGCAAGUGGAUAAUCCUUUAUGGAAUUACCCUAAGCUCUGGUCUGCUUUUCCUAAUGAUAAGACAGAAUGGAAAUGACCAGGAAAAUGGGGUCACGUUGGAUGUCUUUCAAAGGAACUUUGUGCUACGUCAAAUUAGCUCGCUAUUGGGAAUAGUCGGAGUGCUGACAAUCUGUACGAUGUAUUUGCGAACAUUCUGGAGGAGCAAAAGUCUGGAGGGGAUUUACAACGAUUUGCUGCUCCUUGAAGUCAAGUACUUUGGCUCUAAGGCUGUGGAAUGUCCAAAAUUCGAUGGCUAUGUUAUCCAAAAGGCCUUCCUCGUAGUCUCUGGAAUGGCGUGCACAUGGCUUAUCCACUUUGGACUUCCAAAUCAAACAAUGCCAAUAGCAAAUGUUUUUGUCGUUUUGUUGGUCAAACUUGGAACCAUACUUUUGGCCAUACAUUUUCUUCUGGGAGUAGCCUUUAUCUACCGUUUUUUAUGGUUGAUAAACAGGGAACUCCUCGAAAUCGUAAGUUCUUUGAGAGCUAAUAGGAAGGGUAGCUCAACCAGAGUUCGUUUACUCUUAAAACUCUACAACAAACUUGUGAAUCUCUAUGGAAAACUAACCGAUUGCUAUGACUAUCAAAUGGUUUUAAUAAUGGCAGUCUUCGUGGUAGCCAACAUCAUUGUUUGCUUCUAUAUGAUCGUCUACAGGAUCAGCUUGAGCCAGAUGUCCUUAUUCGUAAUGCUGAUCAUGUUUCCCUUGGCAGUGGUCAACAAUUUCCUAGAUUUCUGGCUAAGUGUUGCUAUUUGUGAUUUGGUGGAGAGAACUGGAAGGCAAACUUCAAUGAUUCUCAAGUUAUUUAAUGAUGUUGAGAACAUGGAUAAAGAUCUAGAGAAAAGUAUCUCAGACUUUGCCUUAUACUGCAGCCAUCGAAGAUUUAAAUUUCUCCACUGUGGAUUAUUUCACAUAAAUCGAGAGAUGGGCUUUGAAAUGCUGGUCACCAGCGUCCUCUACUUGCUCUUCUUGGUGCAGUUUGAUUUUAUGAACUUGUAA